ACCUGUUCAAUUUCUGCUACAAUUGUUACCCCAAAACGCGACCAAACCAGUCAAAUUUUUGACAUACCAUAUCCUAAUAGCAGCCCUGCGGACAAUUGGAAAAAACUGGUUAUCUCCCCACACCUCAGCUACAGACAUGUGUCCAAUACAUAGAGACAUCCACAAAUAUGAAUACAUGGCCAGGAAGGCUGAAACAAACCAGAAAUUUUGGAUUGAAGCAUGGGACUUGUGGGAUCAAUGUAUUGAAAGGAAACCCCGACUACUUCAGGACUCUGAGGAG